AUGAAUGAAAAUGAGGAUGAGCCCAAGGACAUAAUUAAACUGAACUGUGAGAAGCUCUCAGCAGAUGAAAUAUCAGCACUGGUGAUUUCUCCUUGUUGCGGGGCUGUGUCUUUAUUUAUAGGCACUACCAGAAACAAUUUCGAAGGGAGAAAAGUGAUACAGUUAGAUUAUGAAGCAUAUGCACCCAUGGCAGAAGCGGAAUUGAAGAAAAUAUGUGCAGAUAUUAGGUUGAAAUGGCCUUCGGUGAAACAUAUAGCAAUACAUCAUAGACUGGGUUCGGUCCCCAUUAGCGAAGCAAGUGUGAUGGUAGCAAUCUCUUCCCCUCACAGAACAGAAUCUCUUGAGGCUGUCCAGUAUUGUAUCAAUACUUUGAAAGCAACCGUGCCUAUCUGGAAAAAGGAGGUAUAUGAAGAUGACUCCUCCUGGAAGAGAAAUAAGGAGUGUUUUUGGAUGAAGACAGAAAAAUGAAACUCUGCCAAAAGCUUCAUUGUAAUUGCCUGAUGUUUCAAAACAAUGUGGACAGGAGCUCCAUUUGAGCCACACUUCCACUUUAUUUGACUAACCUGAAGCAUUUGCAAAGUAACUGCCUGAGUUUCUGCAAUGUACUUACAUUUUUUUCUUUUUUCUCUCUGCUCUAAUGAACUUUGAACCUAGUGCUGGAAUUUUUGCAAAGCUGUGCAGCCUGUACAUGUGAUGAAUCCUGGAAAUUCGUCAUCACCUAUGAAAUCUUUUGUAUUUUCACGAUAGUUGAAAUUUUGGACUGGUUACAUGAAUUCUAUCCUGUCAAAUAAUCUUUUGUACUUCAACACACAGCACAAAUUUCAUCAUGUAAUAUCUACAUUGAAUCAUCACAAUAGGCCAUGGUCUAAUGCUGGUUUCUCUAAGGCCUGGGGAUUUAAUUUCUGUCAUGGCCAGGAGCAAUGGUCCUACCUGUUGACUUACCCUGAUUUUCAGUGUAUUGUUUACAAAAGCCAGCUUCAGAAUUCCAUGGAUGAAGUUGGCUUGGAAUAAACAAAAUA